AUGGUCUAUCCGAAUGUCAGUCGCGACCAGCUGUCAAAUCACUGGCUGUUGAUCAGCGUUUGGAACCUCUCUGCCGUCGACCAUGCAGAGGAGCUCUAUCCUCAGGAAUUCGAUGAAUUCUUGGGGGAAGCAGCUGUAGACCUGAGUCGAGACGCAGAUGAGCAGGAGAGAUGGUACGUUCUAAUACCCAAAGCCAGCCGUCCCAAAAGGCAGCUCACCAUCAUGGACCAGCAAGGGUGUUCAACGUCUUCUCUGAACACCUCUCAAACUCAUAUUGCCCAGCAGCGCUAUCAAGAGGGUCCCUCGAACCAAAGCGGGAAGAAGUGGCACGUCUAUCCCAAGAGUGCUGUCCGGCGUAAAUCGAUAUCUGUCGAUAUGGGAUCGAAAGGACGAAAACUGUCUCUCCUACCGUCUUCCUAUGUGGCCGUCAACCCGUUGCUCCCACGCGGUCCCGUCGGCAUCGGAGGCGCGGCUUUCGGGCGGUACGCCUCCGUGUCGUGUCCCGUGUCAUAA